AUGCUUGUCAAGCAUGCCUGGUUGACAUUCUACUAUGGCCUGGCGCGGACCCGAUGCCAGAGAUACUUUAUUCAUUUCAUGCAAUUCGUUGCCGCGUCAUUUGGCAUCAGUUCCAUCAUCGUGGUCCUGUUGCAGUGCAUACCGCUGAGUCUGGCUUGGUCACAAAGCCCGGAUGCAUCGCAAGAACGGUCUGAUCACUGCAUUAACCUGAUUGCAUUCUUCUAUUCGAACUCGAUCAUCAUGAUCGUCAACGAUCUCAUUCUGUACCUGCUGCCAAUGUGGUUGCUACGCAAUGUGGAUAUGUUACGUGGGCACCGCGUAGGUCUGUACGCCUUGUUCGGUUUUGGCGGACUGGUCGUCCUCGCCAGUGUCUUCCGCCUUGUGGCGGUGUACGGAGUUGCCACGUCGGACAUCUCAGGUUAG